AUGGGGACCAUAAUUAUUAAUCUUGAUAUUGUUCAUAUGAUGUACAAUGAUACUAAAAAGAGAAAAAAGUUUGUGGAUGAAUUGAUGAAGUAUAAUGAUUUAUGCAAGUUACAUUGUACUGUCGAUUCGUCGGAUGAAGAUGAGAUUAUCAGGAGACCAAAAAGAAAACGUGCAAAAACGGAAUAUAAUGAAUUUUUGAGUACUGAGAUGCGUAAGAUAGCGUCUAUUAAUCCUGAUAUAAGUCGUACUGAUUCUUUCAAGAUGGCAGUCGAGGAGUGGAACAGUCGUAAACAAUUUUCAGAAGUUAAUCGGAUUAAUGCUUUAAUUGCAAAGUUGAGAACUGAGAAUACUGCGCUAACAAGUAAUAAUCCAAGGAUUGUUGCAGCAGAAAAACAAGCAAAUGAUAUAUUAAAUAAUCUCGGCGUCAAGAUAGAAAAGGAAGAUACAUUCGAGACCAAGAUGGGAAAGAUCAUUAAAGUGAGUGCAGAG